CCUUGAGUCCUGCCUGACGCCAUCAAGCCUCUCUCGGUCUUCUGUGGGGAAAACGUGGGGCUACCUCAUUUACUGUGUGCUGUUGAUUUCUCAUCAAAAUAAGAUCAAGAUAACUGGACCACCUGAGACCCACUCAGCUUGGCAAGGAUGGAGUACAUGCAGGCUCCUGCCUCGAGCAGCCAGGGGAACAUCCUCUGCUGUACCUGUGGUGUCCCCAUUCCUCCUAACCCAGCCAACAUGUGUGUGGCCUGCCUGCGCACUCAGGUAGACAUCUCAGAGGGAAUCCCCAAGCAAGUCACAGUGCAUUUCUGCAAGCAGUGUGAACGGUACUUGCAGCCUCCAGCGACCUGGGUACAGUGUGCUCUGGAGUCCAGGGAGCUGCUGGCUCUUUGCUUGAAAAAACUAAAGAGCUCUAUGUCUAAAGUGCGACUUAUCGAUGCUGGAUUCGUGUGGACAGAGCCGCACUCCAAAAGGAUUAAGAUGAAACUGACCAUCCAGAAAGAGGUGAUGAAUGGCGCCAUCCUACAACAGGUGUUUGUGGUUGAGUUUGUCAUCCAGUCCCAGAUGUGUGACGACUGCCACCGUGUGGAGGCCAAAGACUUUUGGAAGGCCGUCGUUCAAGUUCGUCAGAAGACUGUACACAAAAAGACUUUCUACUAUUUGGAGCAGCUAAUCCUGAAGCAUAAACUCCACCAGAAUACCCUCAACAUUAAAGAAAUACAUGAGGGCAUUGAUUUCUACUAUGGCUCCAAGCAGCACGCUCAGAAGAUGGUGGACUUCUUGCAGUGCACCGUGCCCUGCAGGUCAAAGGCAUCUCAGCGCCUCAUCUCUCAUGACAUCCACUCAAACACAUACAACUACAAGAGCACCUUCUCCAUGGAGAUCGUACCGGUCUGCAAGGACAACGUCGUGUGCCUUUCACCUCGGCUGGCGCAGAGCCUGGGGAACAUGGGUCAAGUCUGCGUGUGCAUCCGUGUCACCAGCACCAUCCAUCUGAUCGACCCCCGCACCCUGCAGAUUGCCGAGGUGGACGGGAGCACAUACUGGCGUAACCCCUUCAACGGUCUCUUCAACCCAAGCCAGCUGGAGGAGUUCAUAGUCAUGGACACUGAGAUCAUCAGAGACCAGAAGCUGGGAGCUGGAGCUGGCAUGAGGUCCAACAAACACACCCUGGCUGAGGUGUGGGUUCAGAAAACAUCAGAGAUGAAUACCAGUCAGCAGUAUCACUGCCGUACAUUCCUGGGCCACCUUCUCAAUAUUGGAGACCUGGUGCUGGGGUUUGACUUUGCCAAUUCCAACAUCAAUGAUGAGUACCUUAAUAAGAUGAACCCUCACCAUGUUCCUGAUGUGGUGCUGAUCAAGAAGAGCUACGACCGCAGCAGGAGAGUGAAGCGCAGGAACUGGAAACUGCAGGAGAUGGCCAGAGACCGUGAAGGCAUGGACACGGAUGAUGAGAGGCAAUAUCAGGACUUCCUGGAGGACCUGGAGGAAGAUGAGGCACUGAGGAAGAACGUCAAUAUCUUCAGAGAUGCGUCAAAGAUCCCGGUGGAGAGCGACACUGAUGAUGACGGAGCACCACGCGUUUCCCUGGCGGAGAUGCUGGAGGAGCUGAGUCUAACGGACGCCACAGGAGGAGAGGGUGCCGACAUGAUGACGGACUAAGCAGACGGCGUUCUGACAUUGUGACGCCGACAGCCGAUUUAUCAAAUAAAGGCCCGUUUACAAUACAACGGUGCAAUUGCACACCGGAUUUAGAACUGUCUGCAAAUUGGGGACUGUUUCAAACACGGACAGAUGAUAUGUUGGAGCAAACAAAUCCAGUGGUGUACUGGUUUAUGAUGGUUAAAACGUACCAACUGUGAGUCAUAAUGGCACUCAGUCAUAUGAAACCUAUGAUAAUUUAUCUCCACGCUCUCUCAGUGGACUUUUAUCCAAACUGGGUCUUCAGAUUCACAUUUUCCUGUCUUUAUAUGAUCCUCUUUGUCAUAUCAGAAUAAUAUGAAAAUGAAGCAGUUACAGCUUCUUUAUCGAAAUAAAUCCUUACCCACACAUUUUCUGCUGGUUUAGAGGCUCUUGUUGUGAAGUGCUUUGCUUUAUUCAUCCACCAGAGGGAGCUUUGUGCUAGGAAGAUAUGGGAAGUAACUCAUUUAAAUGAGGCUGGCAGCAAGCUGAGCAAAGUCUGUUAAUGGUGUAAUUUGGCUACUGUGGGCAAAAUGCAAAUGCUGUCCAGCUGCAACACCUUCAGCCAGCGAGCGUACAGUCUUUGUGAGGCGAGCUAAUUUAAAAACGAAAGUGUAAAAAUGGGCAUUCUUCCCCUCUCUGUUUGAAGCCUGUCACACCAGCAUGUGCUUUAAAUGCAAUACAUGUAAGUCAGCACUUAUUUGUGCCUUCACAGUUCAUUCAAAUCAUGCUGUCAAGUCUAUGCUUAACCCAUUGUGCCACUGUGUUCCUCACAAUUCCUCACUAAUAGUGCUCAACCUGAUCUGGUCUAGAGAAAAAAAAAAAAGCCAAGGCCUCCAAUCACAGGGUUCAUUCUUCUAAACCCAGGAAUAAAAUACAAACAUUGCACAUGCCAACAUUUUCCAGUGAUGUGAAAAACAUGUCGCUUGAUAAUGAUGUUUUUUUCAGAUCUGAAGUGAUGGGGAAACCAUUUUGGACCAUAAUGGCACAUUUAUGACUAGCUCCUAGCUCCUGCUUACUCAAAAGGUGCAAAAAUGUAAAGAUCCAAACAAAUUUUGGAUUUCACUUACCAGAAAUGCUCUUCAGAACAAUUUUUCU